AUGUUUUGCCACCACCUCUCUUCUUUCAGACCAUGUCUGCGCUCGGUAUCACGUCCUGUAGCCAGCACAUCUCGUCUGUCCCAAUAUAGGAGUAACUCAACUGUUGUCACAUCGGAGAAGUUACAUGAUUCAGAGGAUGGUGUCUCUGAGUUUGAGGAGGCAGAUUCACAGGACGCUGACCAGGGCGACAAAGGACCCAGGAAUUAUAAGGAGUUCAUGGCAACCAUUGGCCCCAAGUUUCGCUAUGCCUCACCACAGAAUUGGUUAGCGCCAAAAACACCAUUUCCUAUGAAUCCUUCUUUCAAACCGCCUCCCCCAAUAUCUGAUGUUCAAAAGGAUAUAAUAUUUCAACAAUUUCUUGCGGACCCUCUAUUACAUUCUCCUCGGCGACUUGCUCAGCGCUAUCACCUGAGUUUGAAACGUGUUGAUGCAAUCCUUCGCCUCAAGGGACUGGAAAGGCACUUCACUAAGGGAAUUCCUCUACAAACCGGGUUUCAGAUUGGCAUGGAUAGGUUACUCAACGCUUGGACUCAUCCGAAAACACCUUUUUAUAAGGCAGGUGUUAAGAGCAAAAGCAAAAUCGAGGAACGUGAAGAUGUUUCCCAAGCCGAUGCCCUGGAACAAGCGGAGAAACGUGAUGCUGCGCGUUAUCGCUAUGAACGUUUAUAUUGGGAAUCUACUCCCGAAGAUGGACGGGAACCUAUCGUACCUGGAGUGUUGGAGGCUGUGAAGACGAGAGCGCUGCUGAGGGAGCAACGCAGGAAGAAGGCUGCUGCAAGACUUCUGCAAGGCCGACUGCCGAAGAGUCCUUGGAUACGUCGACCCUCGCGUCCAUCCUUCGUUUCCUGGAGGCAGGGCCGUGUCGCUACCAGAUUCGUCGACGUCGGGGCUGAGUUCUUGAGCGUGGAGGAAUUAAACAAGAACACCGCGCCUCGCAGGCACAGGCAAGAGCAACGGCAAAAGAAAGCUGCUGAAAAGAUGCAGAAAAUUUUGAACUCGAAGCAGUAG